AUGAAGUUGAAUAAUACAGGAGGAAUAGAUGAAGAAACCUUGCGUAAUGGAAUGGAUAAAAGAACUGAAACUAAACUAAAAGAAGCCAAGAAGACUACUAGCCAAGAAAUUGACCAGGCUGAACUGGAAAGUAGAGAAAAUGAAAAUGAAACUUUUAAAGAACAAGGAUUAGAUUUAGAAAACAUAGAAAAAGAGAAACCUGAACAAGGCAUUG